UCUAUGGCAAGGAAUAAAGAGUUGAUGUUUCCGGCCGAGACCUUUCAUCAGAACUCUGCUUACUUUUGUUCCCCUCUCAGGAAUAAAGCCUGAUCUCUCCCUUUUACCAGUGGAUCUUAAAAUGAUGAUGCUAUUCGGAAGAAGCACUGCCCAGAUCACAGCUCACUCAGCAGAUUUCUGUGCCCACGGUCAACAAGCUGAGCAAAUAUGAAUCAGUGUUUGAAUGUGGUGGAGGCACAGUAUAAAAAGACCAAAGGCAGUGAGGUGAAGGCAGAUCGAGAGAGAGAAGCAGCUCCUUCACACUGAGAACCAGCUGGCUGAUCCCGCUCGAGGCAAAAUGAAAACCUUCCUGCUCGCCAUCGCUGCCGUGCAGAUCCUCCACUGCUCAGGAGUGCCAAGCACCAAGAGAGCUCUGAGAGCAUCAGUUAUAAAGCUGAAUGAAAUGACCGAGAUCCCCAACCUCUGUGGUGUCACUGACAGAAGAGGGAAGAAUGUCUACCGCACGGGGAAACUGUCAUACAACGUGGAUCUAAUAUUUUCAGUGAAAGAAACUGUCUGUUCCAAAAAUUCCAGACUGGAAUUUGAUGAUCGCAGAUGUCACUUCCGUCCCAAAAAGACUGCGGCAAAAGGAAUCUGCAAAAGCAGUGUUGAAUACUUUGCUGGCAAGGUUGUUGACAUUGAUGUGGAGUGUCGAGGUCUGAGGACAAUUGGUAGCAACAGUCAUUCAUUAGAGUCGAGCGAAAACAGCAUAGAGCUGAAAGCCUGGAGAACACCUGUUCGAGAAGUCUAUAAACGUGUAAAACAAGUCAAACGAAUCGUUGGUUGAAGAAUCUUCAAAUGAGAACAAGAAGAUUCAAAAGUCGAAAACCAAAGAUGAAUGAAAUGCCUGAAAAAUCAAGUGUAAACACAAGAAGACCUCAUUUAGUUUAAAUAUUUAAUCAAUUAUACAGUACAUGUUCAUAUUUAGUGGGGGUUCUGGGGAUUCCUGACUGUAAAUUUUGCUGUAACUGGAAGAUUCCAUAGAUUGUAUA